CACCAGCAGAGCGGAAACUUCGUUUGUAUCGCUUCGCUUGACCUUAUAAACUAAAGAAAUCGCUUCAUUUUAUGAAUUUUCUCUCUCGUGCUAUCAGAGGUUCACCAUUUCCAGCGACUUCUCUUGCUCUUGGUUCCAUGGCUUCCACCGUCGCAGGAUCCAGCUUCGUUGCCUUCAAGUCCGCCGGAAAGCUCGCCGACCGAGAGAUCUGUCACGUUCAGCAUUUCGCUCCGGUCCGCUCUCUGUCUCUUCCUGUAGGAGGACUGCGAUAUGGAUCCAGAAGAUUGUAUGCUUCCUCUGUUGUGAAAGCUCAGGUGGCUAGUGCUGAACAAUCAGCACCUGGAGCUGACCAAAAGGUGGAAUCUCCAGUGGUGGUUGUGACUGGAGCCUCCAGAGGGAUUGGUAAAGCAAUUGCUCUGUCCUUGGGGAAAGCUGGCUGUAAGGUAUUGGUAAAUUAUGCUAGGUCGGCAAAGGAGGCUGAAGAAGUUUCUAAACAGAUUGAGGCAUAUGGUGGCCAGGCUCUUACAUUCGGGGGUGAUGUCUCAAAAGAGGAUGAUGUUGCAGCAAUGAUGAAAACUGCUGUUGAUGCCUGGGGAACCAUUGAUGUAUUGGUUAACAAUGCUGGAAUUACUCGGGAUACCUUGCUGAUGCGAAUGAAGCUAUCCCAAUGGCAAGAAGUGAUCGAUUUGAAUCUCACUGGAGUGUUUAUAUGUACCCAGGCGGCAACAAAGAUCAUGAUGAAGAAGAAAAAGGGGAGAAUCAUCAAUAUAUCAUCAGUGGUGGGUCUCAUUGGUAACGUUGGACAAGCAAACUAUGCAGCUGCAAAGGCUGGAGUCAUUGGUCUCUCCAAAACCGUUGCAAAAGAGUAUGCAAGCCGGAACAUAAAUGUGAAUGUGGUGGCUCCUGGAUUCAUUGCGUCGGACAUGACUGCGCAGCUUGGGGAAGACUUUGAGAAGAAAGUCUUGCAAACCAUCCCACUAGGGAGGUAUGGGCAGCCAGAAGACGUAGCAGGGCUGGUAAAAUUCUUGGCCCUGGAUCCUGCAGCCGGUUACAUUACGGGACAGGUCUACUCCAUUGACGGUGGAAUCUCCAUGUGAAGCCUUCUUUGGCAAGCGACACCCGUAGUUGGAGUAAAGAUUCUAUGGUUUAGCACCGCAUUAAGAAGAGUAGGUAAACAGCCCCAGUCGAGGUUUAUGGUGCCGUUUUUUUAUUAAUAAUACUAGAAAAAAAAAACGGUUUUGAUGUGGGUUCAUAUGAGAGUGGUAUCUACCUGAAAGUGUUCGAAUCGCUUGAGUUUUUACACACCCUUGUACCCGUCUUUUAUCUUUCGGGAAUGUACUUUGGUCA